CAUCUCUGUGGUCCUUUAUAAGUCAGGAGGCUGAGCCUGGCGUGCGGAGCACCAGGCGCAGGGGCUGGAGAGGCACCGGGAGCCGGCGGCGCUGUCCUUUGUGCCCGGACGGUGGGGAUGUGUCCGCGCUAAGGAGCCAGCUCCAGUAUGGGGGCCACAUCUGUCUGGGUUUCAGGCCUCCUGGUGCUGAGGCUGCUGCUCCUAUCUGCUGCAGAUCAGGACUCACAGGACACCAGCACCACAGAAAAGGGGCUUCACAUGCUGAAGCCGGGGGCGGGACCCACCCGUGCUGCUCUGGCAGAGCUGGUGGCCCUGCCCUGCCUCUUCACCUGGCAGCCACUGCCCGGCACCCUUCGAGACAUUCCUCGGAUUAAGUGGUCCAAGGUUCAGACUGCAUCGGGCCAGCGACAGGAUUUGCCCAUCUUGGUGGCCAAGGACAAUGUGGUGCGUGUAGCUAAGGGCUGGCAGGGCCGGGUGUCACUGCCUGCUUACCCCCGGCACAGAGCCAAUGCUACGCUUCUGCUGGGGCCGCUUCGGGCCAGCGACUCUGGGCUGUAUCGCUGCCAAGUGGUGAGGGGUAUCGAGGAUGAGCAGGACCUGGUGACCCUGGAGGUGACAGGCGUCGUGUUCCACUACCGGGCGGCCCGGGACCGCUACGCGCUGACCUUCGAUGAGGCCCAGGAGGCCUGCCGCCUGAGCUCCGCCACCAUCGCUGCUCCACGGCAUCUGCAGGCUGCGUUCGAAGACGGCUUUGACAACUGCGACGCGGGCUGGCUCUCAGACCGCACGGUUCGGUAUCCGAUCACUCAGUCGCGUCCCGGUUGCUAUGGUGACCGCAGCAGUCUGCCCGGGGUUCGGAGCUACGGCAGACGCGACCCGCAGGAACUCUACGAUGUCUACUGCUUUGCCCGCGAGCUAGGGGGCGAGGUCUUCUACGUGGGCCCCGCCCGCCGGCUGACCCUGGCCGGCGCACGGGCACAAUGUCGGCGCCAGGGUGCUGCGCUGGCCUCGGUGGGACAGUUGCACCUGGCCUGGCACGAGGGCCUGGACCAGUGCGAUCCGGGCUGGUUGGCAGAUGGCAGCGUGCGCUACCCGAUCCAGACGCCGCGCCGGCGUUGUGGGGGCCCUGCCCCGGGUGUGCGCACAGUAUACCGCUUCGCUAACCGCACGGGCUUCCCUGCACCCGGAGCACGCUUCGAUGCCUACUGCUUCCGAGCUCAUCACCUUACACCACAACACAGAGACCCAGAGGCGCCCUCUUCUGGAGAUGAGGGGGAGAUUGCGUCAGCAGAGGGGCCCCCAGCCCAAGAACUAGAACCCAGACUGGGGGAGGAGAAGGAGGAGGCGCUCAACUUCCAGGAACCUCUCGUGUCUAGUGGGGAAGAUGAACCCCUGGACUCAACAUGGACACAAGAGCCUCAGAAGCCCCUUGGCUCUACCCCAGGGGACCCCGCACUGGCUUCAUGGCUGCUUGCCGGUUCCACGAGUUCCCCAGGCGUCCCCAGCCCCAGGGGCGUGGGAGUUGAUAUGGCAGAGACAGCACCCUUGGGCACACAGGUGGCCUCCACCCCCACACUGAGGAGGGGCCGCUUCAAAGGGUUAAACGGUCGACACUUCCAGCAACAGGACCCAGAUAGCCAGCUGCUUGGGACAGCAGAGGCCAGUGCCCAGCCUCACACUCUGGAAGCUACUGCUGAUCUCCAGGAGCUUUCCGCAGCCACAGAAGCCUCGGAGAGUGACCAGAGCCACAGUCACAGUCCCUGGGCCAUUCUGACCAAUGAAGUGGACGUGCCAGGGGCAGGUUCUCUUGGCAGCAAGAGUCCCCCAGAGUCCUGGAUGUGGCCCUCGUCUAUCAUCACAAGCCCUGACAGUGUCCCUGGCCUGAAGCCAAGGAAAGCUGAAGCCUCCAGUGUGAAAUCAAGCGUGGACCACCUGCCCUGGUCUCCCUCAGAGCCCUCUGCUCCUCCCUUCAGUCCCUCAGAGGCCCCAAGUGUUGUCUUCCAUGAGGCGCUCCCUGACGACAUCUCUCCGGACUUCCCCAUUGUAGCCAUGCUUCGGGCCCCCAAACAGUGGCUUCUGCCACACUCCACAUUCGUCCCCAAUGUGACCCCCAUUCCACCCUCCCCAGCUUCUCCACUGCCCUCCUGGCACCCAGAAGAACUAGAUAGGGCUAUCCCCAGUGCCACACCCAUCAGCCUUGGUGCAGAAGACCUGGAAACUCCAUCUCAGACCACUGUGGAAGCCCCAGGUGAAGCCAGCUACAAAUCUCCUGCUGCAGAUUCUAGAGAAACUGGGGGAAUUAGCUCCACCCAGGCUACCCAGCACCCCAGCUCUGGCCCAUGGGUGUCAUUGUACUCCAGUAAUGUGACUAUCAAUACUGUCCCCUCUGAUGCCGGCAUCCUGGGCACUGAGUCUGGGGUCUUGAACAUAUCAGGGAGUCCUACAUCCGAUGGAGAGGGCACUGUGGGCACUUGGUCACCCCUGCCCAGCCAAGGACUGGACUCUGGUUCCCAGUCCUCACCACUGGGAGGGCCUGGAGUCACCGUGAGUGUCACACCUACAGUGGCUUUGGAGGGAGGUGCCACUGAGGACCCUAUGAAGGCCACCAUGGAGCACGUCCCCAGAGAUGCUGAUGCCACUUGGGGGUCUAAACCCCAAAGUUCCAUUUCUAGAACCCAUGUGACUGUAAGUCCAAGCAUGGAACAAGAGACCAUGGCUGGGACCCAGGGUGUGUCCACACUGACCUCCACAAGCCCCCAAGACCACCCAGAGCCAGACGACCAGAUGGUAGCCCAGGGGUUACCAGGGUCUCACAGCAGCCUGCCUUCGCAUCCAUGGUCAUCCCUGGCCUCCAGCAUGGAUGAAGUAGCCUCAGUUUCCUCAGGGGAGCCCAGUGGACUGUGGGACGCCCCCAGCACCCCAAUACCUAUGUCCUUGGGCUUGGAUGAGUCAGACCUAAAUGUUGCGGCCGGGAGUCCAGGAUUGGAGGGCUUCUGGGAAGAAGUGGCCAGUGGGCAGGAGGACCCCACAGACCCCUGCGAGAACAACCCUUGCCUGCACGGGGGCAGCUGUCACACCAACGGCACCAUGUACGGCUGUAGUUGUGACCAGGGCUAUGCUGGGGAGAACUGUGAGAUUGACAUUGAUGACUGCCUGUGCAGCCCCUGUGAGAACGGAGGCACCUGCAUCGAUGAGGUAAAUGGCUUCGUCUGCCUCUGCCUUCCCAGCUACGGCGGCAGCCUGUGUGAGAAGGACACAGAAGGCUGUGACCACGGCUGGCACAAAUUUCAGGGCCAUUGCUACCGGUACUUUGCCCAUCGGCGGGCCUGGGAGGACGCAGAGAGAGACUGCAGGCGCCGGGCUGGCCACCUGACAAGCGUCCACUCACCAGAGGAGCACAAGUUCAUUAACGGUUUUGGACAUGAGAACUCAUGGAUUGGCCUGAAUGACAGGACAGUGGAGAGGGACUUCCAGUGGACAGACAACACAGGACUGCAAUAUGAGAACUGGAGGGAGAAUCAGCCCGACAAUUUCUUCGCGGGUGGAGAGGACUGUGUGGUGAUGGUGGCACAUGAGAGCGGGCGCUGGAACGACGUCCCCUGCAACUACAACCUCCCCUAUGUCUGCAAGAAGGGCACUGUGCUGUGUGGCCCCCCUCCCGUAGUGGAGAAUGCCUCCCUUGUCGGCGUGCGCAAAGCCAAGUACAGUGUCCAUGCCACUGUGCGAUACCAGUGUGACGAAGGGUUCUCCCAGCACCACGUGGCCACUAUCCGCUGCCGGAACAAUGGAAAGUGGGACCAGCCACAGAUUGUCUGCACCAAACCCAGGCGGUCACAUCGGACGCGUAGACACCGCCGUCACCACCAGCACCGACAUCACAAAGCCCGAAAGGAACACAGAAAACACAAGAGACACCCAGCAGAAAACUGGGAGAAGGAUGAAGGGGAUUUCUGCUGAACAUCCAGGCUAAGCACACACAUGUUCCCACUUCUCCUGGGGAGCCAGAACCCAGACAGCCACGAGAAAGAGGGUGGAAACACUCUGAGACCCAAUCCCCCACAGUCCUCUGUAAAAAGCUCAGAUCUCCCCUCGUUCCCUCCUGAGGUUCUCCUGGCAGGGGUGGCUGGAGUGGUCACACAGUGCCUCUAAGAGCAUCUCCCAGCCGCGGGAAAGGGGAUCCCAAAGUCUGGCUGCUGAGCUUCCGAGGGGGCAGCAGUGUGUCUCUUGGUGUGCUGGAGUGGCUCUCAUACCAGAGACUCGGGCUUAGUAAACAGUGGGUCAUCUGCAAUCCAGGGCAGAGCUUUGUCUAAAACUCACUGGAUUUGAGAGUGAAGUCUCAGCAGAAGCCCACAGUGCAAACACGACCUGCUCUGGCUUCACCUGGGACCCCAAAGGGCGGGCUUUGAUCGGCUGGCUGGCUUUCUUCUUCCUGCCCCACACCCCCAUUUCUCCCAUCCCCAUAGACUAUGCUGGCCCUGAUCUCACGAUUGUGGCUAAGGAUGAGCCUCCUGCUGUGCACCGCCAUGCCUGCCUGGUUCAUUUGGUGCUGCAGAUGGGACCCAGGGUCUCACAGUACAGCCAGUACUCACUCUACUAAGUAAGCCCCAGCCAGCCCUGGUCUAGGUGCAUAACUUUAGUGUGGAACUCUCUGUGUACCGAAUUUUAGUGAUUCUCUUAGAGCCACUGGCCUCUGCCUCUGGGGGAGGCUACUCAGAGUGCUGGGUGAGUUAGUGUGUUGCCGAUUCCCCCUGGUCUAGCGCAGUGCAGAGAUACAGUGGCCCUGCUUUUUUGUUUUUUUGGGGGGGGUUGGUUUUGGGGGGGUUGAGACAGGCCUUCUCUGUGGCUUUGGAGGCUGUCCUGGAACUAGCUCUUUGUAGACCAGGCUGGCCUCAAACUCACAGAGAUCCUCCUGCCUCUGCCUCCCGAGUGCUGGGAUUAAAGGCGUGUGCCACCAACGCCCGACGUCAGUGGCCCUGUUUUGAGGCUGCUUUUGUUUUGAGACAGGACUUCACUGCAUAACCCUGGCUAGCCUGAAACUUGCUAUCAGGUUGGCCUGGAACUCAGUGAUUUGCCUGACUCUGCUUCCAUAGGAUCUCACUCUCUAACCCAGGCUGGUUAGACCACAGCAGUCCUUUCUCAGUCACCUGAGUGCUGGGAUGACAGCAUACACCAUCAUGUGUGGCAGUAUCGUGGGUUUGUGAUGACGAUUCUCACCAUGUGUACAGAAAUGAGAUCUCGAUGUAUUCCUCCCCUCCAUCUCUCAGGGAGAUAGAUAACCUCCUGCCUGGACCAAGAUGGUGCCGCACUUUCUAGCCCAGAGCUUGUCCUUACUAAACCGUUUCAGCAAACCUCAGUAAAUCCCCUGCCUCAGGCCCCGCCCCGCCUCAGGCCCCGCCCCUGCCCGCCUGUCUCCACAUCCUGCAGGUGCACUGGUAGUGCUCACAUCCUGAAGGGACCCCUCCUUGUCCUGCUGUAGAGAGAAGAGUGGUGUUAGAAGUCACACACACACACACACACACACACACACACACACACACACACACCCUUCUCUCUUAAUUUCACAUUCUUAAAAUGUGAUAGACUCCACCUUACGCUCCCUUUUCUCAUUUGCACCUCAGAAGAAACAUCCCCCAAGCCAGGGACGAGGCCCCUCACCCAGAGGGGCCAGAGGUUUGUCUCAAGGGCCUCUAUCCACUUUUAGCCCCUCCAGUCGGGGUAAAACUCUGUGAAUUUGUCUUAAAGCCACAGUGUGGGGCCUGAGCACAGCCCAGCAGGUAAAGAUGGUAGCUACGUAAGCCUCAAGAAGUUGGAACCUAUGUUUCAGCCCAGAAAAGCAAGGUGGGAUGGCGUGGGAUCCCAGCGUUAGUGCUGUAAGAGACCAGGCAGGGACAGGAAGCUGGGAGCCAGCUAUCUCGGAGGAUGUGGCUUGACAGAGCCAACUCCUAAAGGCCAUCAGAUUCCCACAUUCACGCUGCAGCACGAGCGAACCCCCACACAAGCCCAGCCUCCCCCACGACUGCACAAGCACAAAAUAAGUAAGAAUGUGAGGGAGUUGGUGAGUGGGGGGGCAGCGCACGGAUGCAUGCUCGCCAGACCUGCACAAGGUCCUUGUGCCAUCCCCAGGUCUUCCUAAGUGUGUGUCUGGCUACCCAAAGGGUCAGUGUGGACAGAGCUGAGAUCCUGCGUCCCUCCUAGAAGGUGAUGAAAGCCUGGGGCAGUCACUGAGCAGAAGCCACCUAAGUCUUUGUGUUGGGCCUUCCAAUCCUCUCAGCAGCCCAGGCGGCCCUUAGGCUCCUGUUUCACACAGGGAGGGCGUGAGGUUACAGUAGGAGAGGAAGAGAAGGUUAAAGACAGAAGGAUUUUGUUCUGCGCAUUGCAGUUAGUGUAAGGUGGUUUUGUUUUGUAGACAGGGCCUCACGCGUCUCAGGCCGGUCUUGAAUUUACUGUGUAGCUGAGGAUGACCUUAAACUCCUGAUUGUCCUGCCUCAGUUUCCCAAGUGCUGGAAUGAGAGGUGUGCUCCAAUACAGUAUCGGGGACAGAACCCAGAACCUUGUGCAUAUCAAUGGAGCUACGGCGCUCUACCCACUGAGCUCCAAGAGCUCUACCGGUUAAGCUACAGACACUACCAACUCAGCCCAUUCCCAAAUCCUGGUCCUGAUUUGUGUUCCAAACUUUGCUUUGUGUAUGGGGUAAGAGACUGAAAUCUCUUUACCUGAAUGUGGUGCAUGUGUGCGCGCGCACACACGCACACACAGGCGCGCGCGCGCGCGCACACACACACACACACACACACACACACACACACGCACACACACGUAAGCUUGGGAAAUGGUUAACAACAGCAAAGUGGACCUGAUACCUCGUGGCCCCUGCUGCAGACAGCUGCUGUCUGCUCUGACUGUGGCUGGGAAGCUGGGACCACAUCAGUCUCUUAGAAACAUUUCUAGGUUCAGAAGGGAGGAAAGCGUUAGCCAGCUCACAGCAAUCCCCAGGCUGGUGGCCAUGGCCUGCUGGGUGUGGCCUGCCGAGGCUCAGUGGCUGCUCCCUCCCUGCCCCAUUCCUGCACCAUGAACUGAGGGGCUUUGGGCUUUUCUGGAGUGGAGACUGUCUUCAGCUCUUUCCCUCCAUGGGUCGUGUGUGGCAGGAGUGUGUGCGUGAUUGGCUACAGGUUCUGCUGUUUUUUUUUUUCUUGGAGCUUUGAUGUUCCGUGGAUCUGUGGUAUAUGACACUGUGGACGUUAAUGUACUUCUUAGACAUUUUAAUAAAAAUUUUUAACAGUU